UCAAGGUAGUUGUUUGAACCUACGCCAAACCAUCACUAUAUAAUCCUUCUUGUAAAGCCAAUUUUUUUAGUUGUGUUGUUUGUACCCAACUACAUUAUAUUUAAAGGAUACAAACACAGCAAAGAUGAAAAUUUUAGUGAUAUUAGUAGCUGUAAUUGCUGCAGUAGCUGCAGCUGGAGAAAAGGAAAAUAAACUUUUUGCCUAUAAUAGAAUUAACCCAUGGAACCAAGGAUACUAUCCUGGUAACCUAGGUUACCAUCCAGGUUAUCAAGGAUUUACUGGAUAUCGUGGAUUUUACCCAGGUUUUCAUGGGAAUUUAGGCUACCAAGGAUACUAUCCAGGAUAUGUAGGGUAUAAAGGAUAUUACCCAGGUUAUCAAGGUUAUAACCGUGGCUACUACCCAGGAUUUGAACCCUCACUUACUCCGAUUAUUGCUACAGCAACUCCGUUACCUAAAGCUAUUCCAACCCAAAUUGCGAUUGCCGCUCCUGCUUACAAACCUGUCGAAGGUAGACAACCAGCUAUUCUAAGACAAUCGCAAGAGGCAAGCUUAGACGGGACUUUUAGCUAUGGUUACGAAACUGAAAAUGGAAUUUCAAACCAAGCUCAAGGUUAUGUAAAGAAUGCUGGAACCGACGCAGCAUCCCAAGUAGUUGAAGGUUCUUAUUCUUAUACUGCUGAUGAUGGCUCUCCAGUUGAAGUAAGAUAUUAUGCCGAUGAAAGUGGCUACCAUGCUGAAGGAAAUGUUGUCCCAACCAUUCCAGCUGAAAUAGCAAAAUCAUUGGAGUUUAACGCACACGAAGAAGCCGCAAAAUUAUCAGCAAUUAAAAAGUAAAUUAAACUAAAAUGACAGCACAUUUUUCACCUUCCAAUCUUGUUUACCAUUAGUAAAUAAAUUAAUUUUUAUUUAUCUUUCUGUAUAAAUAUACUCUUUACAUAAUGUUUUUUUGUUCUCAAUAAAGAUCAUGGUAUCCAUUAAA